CGGCACCCGCCGGCUUGGUCGCCGCCCGCGGCCGCUGCUGGCGGGCCGACGGCGCCGGCCCCGCGGAAGCCCCCGGACGCACGGCCGCGGCGCGGCCCGGGGCCGUGGGCCAUGCAGGCCCGCGACUCGUGGGUCGCCGAGCCUGGCAGGGGCAGCUUCGCCGUCCGCAGGCUGCGACCGGACUGCGACGUCUUGCGGACCACUGGGAUGCGGAAAGAGAUGGCCAAGCUGCCCCUCAACCAGUACUUCGACGACCUCGGCGCGCCCCGGUUCGAGGCCCCCGCGGUCCUGUCUUUCGCGGCCCAGCAGCUCCCGAGCGCGCGGUUCGGCUCCCGGGCAGAAGCCCCGGCGGUCAGCCUCGCGGGCAGCCUGCCUCCGAUCUCCCGCCGGGCGGCGCUCGCGGCGGUAGAGGCGAGGGAUCGGGACCUGGAGGCGUGCAAGGAGCGGGGCGGGAAGCUGUGGGCCGUGCCGCCCGACCAGCGCGUGAGGGUCGACGACGUGCGGUCCCGGCAGCUCGAGCUGCUCUUCUGCGGGAUCGCGGGCUUCGAGCUCGGGCUGCCCCCGUGGGUGCGCAGGGACGACCUGCUGCCGGCCGAGGCAGACCGGGGGGCGGACUACCAGAACCGCGUCCUGAUCGAGAGGGAGAACAGCACCCUGCGCGAGAUGACCUUGGAGUCCUCGGGGGUCGAGAUCCAGAGGGACGGCGCGGGAGGCUCCCAUGAGAUGCCGCCGGAGGAGGGGUGGCUGCUCUCCUUCCCGGAGAUCCUGGCGGUGCUGCAGGUGGCCAGCCUCUGGGCCCGCGCGGCCCAGGGCCCGGGCUGCCUGCUGGGCCUCGAGCGCCCGACGUUCUGCCGCCUCGUGCUGGACCUGGGCCUGGUGGACCAGAAGAGGGUGCCGUACUUCCGCCUCGUCUCGCAGUUCGACUCCCUGGCUCGGCUCGUGUCGGUCCCGCUGCGCGGGCAGCCCAACGGGAUGGUCGUGCAGCCCAUCCUGAGCUGGCGGCUCUUCCUGACGCUGAUGAGCCACGUCUUCCGGCAGCAUUUCAGCAACUCGUCCACGAAAAGCACGUUCGUCUCCGCCCUGCUGGACAUCGUGAGGCUGAGGUUGCCCGAGUCCGUCAUCGAGGACAGCGGCGUAGAUGACGCGAAGCUCGGCGACCUGCUCUCCGGUGUCCUGCCUGCCCGCGUGUUCGCCGACAAGGGCUCCAGCGCGAAGGCUUGGCUCGACUUCAUGGUGCAGGACUCGGAGGCCGCGGAUGACGAGGAGGUCUUGGGCGCACAGGUGCCGGAGAUGCCACAGAACGUGAACAUCUUCCGGGAGGAGCUCAUGAAGGAGCAGCGGCUGCGCUCCUUGCUCGUGGAGCCGGAGGUGCUGCAUGUUCUUGCCGUGUACAUGCCGCUCUUCAGGCAGCUGCACGCCUGCUACGCGGAGGGCGGCAGCAUGGGCUUCCGGGAGUUCCAGCAGUUUUGCGCCGACUUUGGCCUCGUCCCCGCCCUCAGCUCGACGCACCAGCUCCGGGGGAUCUUCGAGUCCGUGGAGACGGUCGACGCCCUGGGCGAGGAGGCGCUGCUGCACCUGCGCGAGGCGCAGGAAGGCUGCGGGGAGGGGCCCCCGCCGCCCUCGCUCUCGCGGUCAUCGCUCAGCUCUCGAGACGACGAGGUGGCGCCGUGGAGGCGGGUGGUGGAGCUCGCCAGGCAGUGCGAGAAGGCGAGGCAGCAGGAGCUGUCGCGCGAGCAGAAGCGCAGCGCUGCGGUGGCGUCUCCCACCCCCUUCGCGGGGGCGAGGCAGAGCAAGAGGGCACUGGCAGUCCGGAAGCUGGACGCUCCCAGCGACAUGACGCGGAUGGGCACCUGGCAUCAGGCUCUCCGGGGCGGGGGCGAUGGCCCUGCCGCCCGCCACGUCACGCGCGCCACCUCCAAGGAGGUGGGGAGGAGGGCCCGCUUCGGCGCAAGGGCGCUCGCGGAAGCGCUCUGCCGAAUUGCCUUCACCUGGCUGGGCAGCUACGGCAACAGCCGGCAGCAGCGCAUGGGCGGCUACGCGCGCGUCCUCUGGCUGCUGGCCUUCGUGCGGGAGGCCGCCGCCCAGCUGCGGCAGAGCCUGCGGAGGCGCAGCGAGACCCUCCGCGGGCCGCUCGAGCGGGCGCUGGCCCUCACGGAGGAGGCGCUCUGGGGCGUGCCCCCGGCCGAGGAGCAGCUGCCGCUGCUGCCGCCGACCACCGUCGGUGAGGUGCUGCUCCGGCCAGAGCAGCGCCGCGCCAGGGGGCGCGGCGGCCAGGCCCCGGCCACGUCGCCCGAGAACUCCGAGCAGGAAGCGGCGGCGGAGGGCAGCCGGGAGCCGAAGCUGCGGAGCGCCCGGCCGCGGGCGGGCAGGCGGCGCAACAGCGUGCCGUCGCUGCCUCGGGGCGGCGUCGCCGCGGGCGGCGCGGCCGCGGCACCGCUGGCGUGCCCCGGCGUGUCCGCGGUGCGCAGCCAGAGCCUGGAGCGCCCCUGCAGCUCCGACACGGACGCGUCCCCGAGGUCCCCCGCCGUCAAGAAGCGGUCGUCCCUGUUCCCCGUCGGGAAGCCGCUGGAGUCGUGCGAGAUCCCCGAUGCACCGCGGCUGGACGCGCUGGCAGACGCCCUCGCACAGGAGGAGGAGGAGGACUUGCCUCCCGACAGUGAGUGCAUCGCCUCCGGCGCCUGCAGGCUGUGCCGCAGGGAGUGCGGCGGCGACCCGCACGGCGCGUGGGGCAACCCGCGCUGCCGCGGCUGCUCGCUGGUCGACCGGCUCCACCUUGCGGACCACGCGCUGCGGCCCCUGCUGCUGGACUGGUUCCCCCUGCCGGCCCCGCCGCGGCCCCAGGCGCCGCCUGCCGGGGCGCCGGGCCCCGAGCGCCCGGCGCUCACGCCGCCGCAGGUGGCGACCGUGGCCGGCGCCACCGCCCUGCGCAGCUCGGGGGCCUCCGCGGGCUGA